GCGCGGCGGCGGCGGCGGCGGCACAAACAUGGCGGCGGCGGCGGGAGCCUGGCUGAGGAGCGGCGCGAAGCUGAAAAGAAAUGUGCCAGCGUACUUGGCUUCUUGGAAGGCUUCUCCAUGCGUCUUUAGAUCCUCCAAGUCGGGACUUAUGCCAGAUCUAGCCAGUGAUGGAGUUGUCUGUGCUCCGCUUCAGACAUUCACUGAAGAGGAGACAAUGCUAAAAAAUAUGGUGAAAAAAUUUGCUCAGGAACGAGUUGCACCUCUGGUGAAAAAAAUGGAUGAGAAUUCAAAAAUGGAAGAAUCUGUAAUAAAGGGAUUGUUUGAACAAGGGCUGAUGAGUAUUGAGCUUGAGGAAGAAUAUGGAGGAACUAGAGCUUCAUUUUUUUCAACCAUAUUGGUAGUAGAAGAACUUGCCAAAGUUGAUCCAGCUGUAGCUCUUCUAUGUGAACUCCAAAAUACACUAACUAAUAAGUUGUUCACUGUAUAUGGAACAGAAGAACAAAAGAGAAAUUACUUGCCCAGAGUGGCUAAAGAUAUGAUAGGCAGUUUCUGUCUUUCGGAGGUUGGAUCUGGGAGUGAUGCAUUUUCUUUGAAGACCCGGGCCGAAAAGAAGGGAGACUACUAUAUCAUCAACGGCUCAAAGAUGUGGAUUAGCUUUGCGGAACAUGCAGGAGUUUUCUUUGUAAUGGCAAAUACAGAUCCUGCUUUGGGAUACAAGGGAAUUACAUGCUUCAUAGUAGAUCGCAACACAGAAGGACUACAGGUAGGGAAGAAGGAGAAUAAGCUUGGAAUUAGAGCAUCCUCUACCUGCCCAGUAACAUUUGAAAAUGUUAAGGUUCCCGAGACCAAUAUCCUGGGACAGGUUGGGCAAGGCUAUAAGUACGCAAUUGGAAUGCUAAAUUGCGGAAGAAUAGGUAUUGCUGCACAGAUGUUAGGAUUGGCACAGGGAUGUUUUGACCAUACAAUUCCCUAUACAAAGCAGAGAGUCCAGUUUGGCAAAAGUGUCUUUGAUUUCCAGGGGAUGCAACAUCAGAUAGCUCAUGUGGCCACACAAUUGGAAGCUGCAAGGUUGUUGACCUACAAUGCAGCUCGGCUUGCAGAAGCAGGAAGGCCAUUCAUAAAGGAGGCAAGCAUGGCCAAAUACUAUGCUGCUGAGGUUGCAACACUCACGACUAGUAGAUGUGUUGAAUGGAUGGGUGGUGUUGGAUUCACGAAAGAUUAUCCAAUUGAAAAAUAUUACCGUGAUUGCAAGAUAGGUACAAUAUAUGAAGGAACUUCAAAUAUCCAGUUGAGCACCAUUGCAAAAAGCUUAGCACAGGAAUACUGAAACCAUAAGGACUACUUGACUGUUACAGAAAUUAUUCCACUGAACAUUAAUCUUGAAUUUUACAUUUACCUGUAAUUAUAAAAUCCUAAAGGAGAUAAACCAAAAAUACGUUGUCAUUGAUGAAAUCAUAAGGAAAACCAUGAAUUUACAUUUCUUGAUUGAGAGUAGUUUGUGUGAAAUCAUGGAAUUCCAUAUUCAAUUCCAAGUCAUGAUAAAAAUAUGUAAUUGUAUAUCUUCUGACAACCUUCUAUAUAGUACACUGAUUUAAAUUAAUUACUUUAGAUUUUACAGUGUAUCUCAAUUCUGAGAUUUCAAAACAAAAACAAAAGAAGCAAAUUUUUGCCUGAUGCAAAAGGAUGUGUUAAGCUGCCUGGGAGAAAAAAAGAUUCUGGAAGUGUAGUAGAGCUGCUGUUUGUUCUUGAUACCCCAUAUUAGCAGGGGGUGCAAGGAGAGGUGUAUGGAAAUAGAAGUGAUGGUUUCCUCUCUUCCUGGCUGAGCGAUUCCUAUGGAGUUGCUGUAAUUGAAGUAAUUUUUAUAGCAACCCUUAGUGUAUUCUUAAGUAUAUCUUGGUAAUUAAGCCCUUCCAGCCCCAAUUUGUAGUAUGAAUGGUAGAUGAUAUCUACCACCCUUUCCAGCCUUCUUCAACUGUUAAGGGUUUUAAUCUAAGGGGCUGUUUACAGUUCUCCUUUUAUAAAAGGUUGAGUUGAAAUCUCUGUGAAAUGGGGUUAAAAAAGACCUAGUGGUUUUGCAAGACAAAGAUAUAAGGGAAGUAAUAGGAAUUCUGUAAUACCACCUCACAGUAGCUUUUCCAUGUUCAAUGCAUUUUACAUAGAAAAACCCUGAGGAUUUAAGUGAGCAUUAGUUAAUUUGCAAAUGAGAACUCUCUCAUGGAAGUCAAUAGUUCUCUACAAGGAGAGAAGAGUGUUUCUCCAUUUGAGAUAUCCUUUCCCCUUUUGAGGAGAAAAGAGAGAAUUUUUUUAUAUAUGUAUGUGUGUAUACGCACACACACACAAUAUUUUUCCAAGAGUAUUUGUUUUAUGUCCCUCUCUGUUUACUCUACUACUAUGUUAGAAGUAUUUCGUUUACCAAAGAAGUCUCCUCAGCGUUGGAGAGCUAAUAAACUAAGAAUCAAGAGACUGAAAACUUAGUAGCUGAAAAAAUAACGCUGGUAAUGAGAAUUUGUUCAAGUGUUUUGGUGGAAAGAAGAGUUGUGUUUUGGCCAAUUUAGAAGAAUCUAAUUUUUAAAGCUUACUUUACUGAUGCUUUGCUUUACUUUACAUCACUGAUGCUUCACUUUGAAUAGGGCUUAGGCUGAAGGGAUAGGAAUAGGGAGUCUGAAGCUCCCAAAAGAUUUUCUAGUUAAGCUAGGAAAAAUGAGAUUUAACUAGUUUGAUGCAUGUUGAGUGAAACAAGCAGAUUGUAGUGUGUAAUACUAUACAAAGAAACAAGCAAGACGGGAAAGCACCAUUAAAUUUGUAAAUUGUUUUCUAACUUGUUGUCAGCCUAAAAGGGAAGUAACUACUUUAGUGAAUGACUCCCCCACGCACCCACUUUGCCUGUUGAUAGGCAAAGGAUUAAUGUUGUAAUUAUCCUUAUGCCUAAGAAGCAAGUACCUUCCAUAUUUUUGAUCAAUAACUUGGAGAUUUGCAAAAUACAGGAGUAGAAGGAUAGACUAGAUGAUAUUUGAAGGUUUCUUCUAGCUGUAUUAUUAAAAAUGCAUUUUAGGCUUGCUUUCAGCUGAACACAGCCCCUGAGCAUAUUAUUAGACUAGUAUGAAGACUACAUUCACUGCAACAGCUAACUAUAAUUAUUCUACUCAAAAUGUUCUACGUGUGAGCCUAAAGUGAGUAUAACCAAGCUACAAAAUGUUUGUUAUAUUGAAGAAUAUGAGUAUAUUAAUAAAGAGAGGCAGUCCUUAACGACAGUUUAGCCUGCUUUGCUAACAUGAGUGUCAAUAGAGAUCAGAUUUUUGAUUCAUACUGUUUAAUGGGUCUCCUAGUUUGAUAUACUGUCUUAGCCUGGCUUCUGGAGUUUUGCAUGAGUCUAGGAAGUAAGUGAGUGGCAUUACUCACCUGAGUUAACACAGUGCUAAAAGCAAACCUGUUAUGGAUCAAGUUUUAUGGAGAAAAGUACUGAGCUCCCUGAAGGACUGCUAAAAGCUGGCUGUACAGGGUUAUGUAAAAGGGCUAUCUCUUUUUGUAGAACUCUCAGGAAAGCAUUUUUUAAAAAAAAUACUCUGAACAAAUCAAAAUAGUGUGAUUUCCUGCAAACAUAAAUUGCAUGCUAUACUCCAGGAGACCACCUGAAUAGCCUUGUCAGCUAAUUAACAGUUCAUCUUAUAAAAGGAAGGCCAAUGAUUUGAUCAGUUUUAUAGCUGUGAAUGUUUUGUGUCUCUUGGUUACAUAUGCUGUGUUCUGUAAGUGCACAAUAUCUUCUGAAAGAAAUGUAUGCAUUAUAUUUGGUGCUUGUCUAUGAAGUUCUGUGGAGAAAUAUGCAUGUAUGAAUUGUAACCACUGAGUUCCACUGGAAAAAGCAUCAUGGAUUGUCAUAAAUCACACUUCUACAUUUGGCACUGAUAGGCUUAGGACUGUCCAUGGUGGUUGGUAGAUUGUAGGGCUACAGAGGUGGUAUUGUGAAUGUUACAAAGCUUUCAGUGAUGACGACAGGACUUAAAUCUAUUUUAUGCAAGCACUGUGUUUAUUGUAGUUAGUUUUCCCUUUUUAUGCCUCACUCAACCCAGUCAAUCUAAUCUAUUGCACUGGAACAUCUUCAGUAAUAGAAGGUUACAAUUGUUCUUUUCUGGUUAGAAAAAAUGACAUGUAUUGAGAAUGUAUAAAAAAGUGCAUGCAUUUGGUAUUUGGCUAAAUGCAAUGCUAGUAGUGUGUGUCAGCUGAAGUUCUCUAAUAAUUUUAAAUCUUGUCCCAGAUCUUGUGCUUUUUUCAUAUGGGACACAAUGAACAGAUUUUUUUUUUUUUAAGUACUGUUCUGGUUCAUGGUAAAGCUCCGAGACAGAUUUGCAGAGCAGGGUUUAAUUGCUGCAUGGAAAUUACUCAAAUAGAGCAUUUUAUGUGAUAUUUUCUGUGGUGAUGUUUGUUCUUUCUUUUUUUCUUUUUUUUUUUCCAUAUCAAGAUUUUUAGAGAAGUCUUAUGUGAAGUAUAAAACAUAUAAGCUAUUUAAAGAUAUUGAUAAAAAGUUUUCAGCUUAGACAAGAAAAAUGAAGGAGCUUUGGGUUGGCCUUGUGGUCACCAUUGCAAACCUCAAUACUGAAAAAUAACACAGUUACGUGAUUUAGUGCAUUUCAAGUAACUGGAGAGAAUUUUACAUUGUCCGACAAGUAGAGCAAAAGAACAGUAGGAUGAAAUUAAGAAAAAUAUAAAUUAGUUGGAUAUGAUGAACUAAUGAAUUAUUUUCAUUAGAUGGUGCAAUGAUCUAAUUAAGAUGAGAGCACUAUUGUUUGAGUACUACACUACAAUAGAGGAAGUACCUAAGGAAGUAGGAGCUGCUGAUGUGCUAAAUUAGAAGAUUCAUAGGAGAACAGAGUUUUACAUUUUUCCAUUUAUUUUCCAGAGAUUUACAGAAAAAGACUUGCUCUUUGUGAGCCUUUUACUGUUUAAAGAAUAUUCCAAUUAAUGUAUUGCAUUUGGAAUUACAUUACAUGUCCAUUUGGAAAUCUUGGUGAGAGACCAUUUCCAGUUCUUCAUACCAAGAGAAUCUCAAUUUGAAAUGCAAUCUGGUUUGAAAUGCAGUCUGGUUCUCAAGAAGCUGUCUGACUUUGAGCUUGUUGAUUGAAUAUGUGAGAAUUGAAAAAAACAUUUCUCCUUUACCCCGAAGUAUAUUUACUGCACCAAUGUGAUAAAUCUUCUUAUAGGAGAGUUACAUGAAAAUGGUUAACAAAUACCACAAAUACUUCAUAAAUACUACCUGUUAUGUUAUUUCUAUACAAACUAUUGAAGGAGGCACAGAUCAAAUGAGAGUUGAAGGGAAGAUGAAUAUAUAUUACAUGAUUCCCAAGGAAUUUUCACGUGAUUUGUUAUUUGUUAUUUUGAGUUACUGUAGUUGUAGAGUGUUUUCCAAUGAAUUGUCCUUGUGUUUGAGAUGUAAUUCUAGAUCUAGGUGAAGUGGAAUGGCUGGAAUUCUUAACUGUAUGCACUUGGCUGCCUAGAGCUAAGUGACACAGUCAACUGUAUGCACAGGAUGAGCAGGAAGCAAGUACAUUCUUGGUUUGCUUCUAACCAUUCUUGCUAAGUACAUUUUGAAACUACACACAGUCAAGUAUCAAUGCAUAAUUAAUCCAGAGCCCUAGACUAACAAAUAGGAAUUAUAAAAAUAGGCCAGUUUUAAAAUCAGUCAAAACAAAGUCCAGCUUUGCAGCAUUGAGGGUGGUUUCUCAUCUGAUACCAGAGACAUUAUUAAGCUGCUUUGAAGUCUUGACAUUGAUUAUCCUCUAAAAAUACUCUAUUUAUGUGUAAUGUCUCUGUAACACAUUAAGUUACCAGAACUAGCCAGUGUGUUUCCUAAUAGCAUAUUUCAUAAAUCAGAGUGUUCGAAUGUUAACUGAUCGUUGAUAUGUUAAAGUUCUAAAAAAUGUGCAAUGUGCAAUGUUACAUUUUUUCUAGUAAAAAAAAAUCUUACAAAGCAUUUUUUUAAAUAGAAAUAAAGAUAUAAAGUCUCAACAGGCAGCCGUAGCAUUCUUGUAUAUUAUUCUCGUUUUCAGGAUCAAAUGGAUUUACAUCUUUGUGAAACUAUUCUUCUUCUAAGUGUCGUCUUAGCUACAUUGAUACUAAUACUAGAGGACUAUGCACAUAAAGAAAUCUCAUUGACUUUGCUAAAUACUCUGACAAAAAACAAGCCUUCCUCCCAAACAGAAAACAGUAUCUCUGUUUUCAGAGAUAAGUAGCCAAGUAACCAGUGGUUUCAGAAGAACUCAUUAUCAAAUGUAUGCAAUGGGGAUUUUUUAAACAUCUGGACAAACAAUUUAAUGAAAAAUUUUGUGGGCUAUCUGGAGAAAGAAAAACUAUUACAAGCUGUAACUACUAUUUUGCAUGAUGCUGUGAAGGAAGAAAUCCUAAGAGUAGCAGGAAAACCUAAAAUACAGCAAUAAAUCCUUAACUUUCACAUUG